AUGAAGAAAGCUCCUGGGACCCUAAUCUUCGAAUACUUCAACAUUACUCCGCAAAAAAAAUUCGUGCCAACUCACAAGAUGUUGAAGUCUAUUCUUCUCCUCACCGCCGCCACACUGGUAACCAGCCAAGGCCAAUUCCAACCCAGCCCAGGCUACUUCCCAGUCACCGGCGACGAUACCAUCGCCGGCGGAAUCUUCUGCAUCCCCGCCAACGAUGUCUCAAAAUACACGGCCGGCACCCCCGCAGCAGCAGGCGGCACUGGCUCCGAGUCACCCACCGGGACCGGCCCCGUAACAUCUGGUUCUGGUCCGUACCCAGCAGCUAUGGGUACCGACCCGGGUCUGCCAAACCACACAAUCUACGCUCCAAAAACCCCACCGGCUGGAAAUCUGUCUAUGCCGUUCAUAUCCUGGGGCAACGGCGCUUGUCAGACAGAUGGCUCGCAAUACCGCAACCUACUCACCGAAAUCGCAAGUCAUGGGUACGUGGUCGCCGCGGAUGGACUGCCGACGGGGAGUACGGGCGGUCAGUCGAAGGUUCAGGAUAGUCGGGAUUCGAUCAACUGGGCUAUGAAAGGUGGUGCGAAGAAAUAUGGGAACAUUGAUACGAGCAAGAUUGCGAGUGCGGGACAUAGUUGUGGUGGAUUAGAGGCGAUGAGUGUGGGGUAUCAUGAUGCCAGGGUGAAGCUGAUGAUCCUCUUUAAUAUUGCGAUCUUUAUGGAUGAGAAGAGGUAUUUGUUGCAGGAGUUGAAGGUGCCGGUUGCGUGGCUCGUGGGUGGGGAGAAGGAUAUGGGAUUCAUAACUUCGCAGAAAGAUUAUAAAUUGCUUCCUGCUGGGUUGCCUGCAUACUGGGCAAGCCUAGAUACUGGUCAUGGAGGCACCUUUUCAGCUACUAAUGGUGGGAAGCAAGGGAAGGCUGCCGUUGCGUAUUUGCAAUGGCAGUUUAGGGGCAAUGCGACGGCCAAGGCGACUUGUUUAGAUGCUAAGUCAAAAGGUAGCUUGGUAUCUGAUAAGUGGAAUGUGACCUACAAAAACUGGUAG